CUGCUGCCAGCCGGUGAGCCUCCGGUGGCGCCGGAUUUCCCCUUUGAAAUCCGUUCACUUAACAGAAGUUCUUCCCCAGGGGAAGCCAAAAGCCUCCAGGGCACCGACUCCGUGUCUGGCUGGUGAUGAUUCUGUUCUUUCUGCUGUCCCUUUUCAGGCUGGCCCAGCACGGCCACCCACCCAGGACCCUUGUCCCUGGACCUGGGUCAGCUCCAGCCUCCAGGGAUGCCAAGCCGGGAGAGUGGUCGCCAGGACAUCGGGGAGAGCCUCGCCUGCCGCCCUCGGCGGCCCCCACCCACCCAAGGGAGAUGCCCUGGGCCCCGGGCAGCAGAGGAACCACCAGGGAAUUCUCAUCAGCCUUUACCUGCGAGCCCAGGACCCCCCGCACCCUGGAGAUCCUGGACCUGAACCCACCCAAGGCCAAGACCUCAGCUCUGGCCCCUCAGUUCUCCUCCUGUGGCCCCCAGCAGGCCACCCGCCCUGACUCUAUGACGUCCUCCGUGAGGGGCCUGCAGAGUAAGUCCACUUGGAGGGAAGGGCCGUGGGCUUCCCCUGACCACAGGACCAGGGCCCUGGCCAGUCUUCCCUGGCCCGAGGGGCCGGCUCCUCCCUGCUUUCCCCGUUCCGCCUUUGGCCUCAGGGACUCACACACAGGCCAGUGGAGCUGGACCCUCCAGGUGGUGCCCCUCGGAGAUGAGGAGCCCCUCCGUGGGGCCUGCUGUGGUGUGCCCCAAAACCACAGGGGCCUGGCAGGGCCCGGCCUCUUUGCAGGCAGACCGGUGGGAGGGACGCAAGACCAGCAGCCUGGCAGCGAAGCCGUGAAAGAUGUGGGGGCUGAGCUGGCGGAGUACGGAGGCCUGCAGGGCCCUGGGGAGGCCUUCGCCCCGGAGACACAGGGUUGGGCUGCGUUUGGCUCCAGCAAUUUGGCCGACAUGUGCCUUGGCCCCUGA